AUGACUAAACCUAAAGUGAAAGACAUUCCCAACAUCACAGAUCUCCGAAAGUCAUUGGGAUUCGGCAUCCCCCGUGACAGCCGAAGCAUAUACUUCAACCACACUUUGGAGAUAUUCCGAAAGACAUAUAAGAGUGCGGAUGGGACUGCGGGGUGUCAAUUCGUGGCGUGGCACGAUGGCACUCAUGCGAAAGAGCUCCAGAUAAUGGCGGAUAAGUUUUUGGAAAUAAGAGGACCACAAUUCUGGUCUGAUAUUGGGAUUUCAGAAUCGAAACCUCGGCUGAUAUGGACAGAAGAUAGCAGUCGCCCGACGGCAGCUUUCCGACUUCAAAACAAAGACUCGGAGGUGGCUGGGAUAACAGACCAUCCGGAUGAUCGAAGUGAUGAUGUAGGCUCGAGGAUGGAUGAAUGGAGUAGUCUUGGCUCAUACCCUCCAAGUCCGUACCAGGAUCCCUUGAACAAUGAAACGGUUGACCAUUCUCUAGCAACGGAUGGUCAGACCAAGGAGGCACUUCGAGAAAACAGGAAGUCCCCUGAGACAGAACCAAAUCUGGCCGACGCUUCCACAAGCUACAUACCACCACCAGCCCCAGUUGCGCACAUGACUGAAAGCCAGGAUGCAGCGUCACUUGCUGAAGCAACAAUCGGUGUGCUCAACGGCACCCACACGCUGUCCGGUCGGAGGCGGAGGCCUGUUGAGCGCCAAGGCUUUGUUGAUACGCCGGAAUUUGUGGAAGAGUUUGGAUCUGUAUCGAAGUCUCCAGAGCCCACUGAACGGAGCAAUGUAAGCCGUCGUGGUAGUCCAGAUCUUGGAACCCCAAGCCGGGCGCAAUCUCAUCUAGGCGAUCUUCAGAACCCUUCAACAAUCCUUGAAUCAGUAGCGGCAGAAGUGCCGCACACUGAAUAUACAGCACCUCCGAGAGAGGAAUCUGAUGCGAGAAGGACAAUGCCGCCACCUCCAAUCCCUCUCCCGCAGUCAGUAGCGAGGGCAACCCCUAAACUACCAAGGAUAAGCAUAAAGUAUAGGAUUCAAAAAUCUCCUGGAGUCUUUCGAGUUUGGGAUCCCCGCGGUACUUUCAAAUCCUUAUCAAUGGACGAGCUCCAGACUAUUCAUGGCUUCCAAGAUGUUGAGUCAGUGCAGUUUAUCCUCCAGCGCAGAGGUAUGAGUUGGGAUGAUCUGGUGCCUAAGGAUGAUGAUGUCGCUUUUCAAGAUAUGAAAGCUCGAUUCGAGGACAAGAUCAAUGAUGAUUGUGAAGAGAUUGGAGAAAAGAGAGUGGUUGUAUACUACGAUAUCUUGGUCAUUCCUGUUCGGAAUACGGAGGACAGUCAGGAAUCUGUCCAGGAGCAAAGUAUUUCCUUGUAG